AUGAAGCCUACCGUUUCGACCGAUGCCAAAGCCGACCGGAACGAUGCGCCGACGCUCGCCAAGAGCUUCGACCACCGGGGGGAGGAUGAAGAGAUAUCGAUGAUUUUAAAUUUCGCCGAAAAUGAAGCACGACAGAAGCUGGCCAGCUUUCCGAAGUCGCUACGAUUAGUGAUCAGUCCCGACUUACAGGCGGAGCUCGGUUUGGAGGUUGGAUCGACCAUCAGCCAUGAGCACCCGUGGAAGGAAAUCAAGAAGGAAGUGCUGGAGGACCACCUGCCGGGCAAAACGACGGUGCAGCGGCAACUGAAGGACCGCCUGAAGGACGUCGAACCGGGAAAGCUCAUCCUGGUCGGCUACCUGGCCGACCAGGGCAACGAGGAUGACGAUCUGUUUCUGGUUUUCACGGACACGCUCGAGACGCGCGACGCUCGGGAGCUGAUCCGGCACCUGGAGCUCACCGACCGGCUGCGGAUGGUGGCGGACAUGCGGAAGCAGCACCGUCGGUGGGCUACCGGGGGCAGCGAGCGAGAGGUCGAGAGCUUCCUCACGCACCGCCGCACGAACGUGGUGAACGUCGAAUCGGAGAGCAUCUUCGUGGCGCAACGUCCGGCCACCCGCCGCCGGUUCCAGCUGCGGCUGGUAGCCGACGCCCGGGACGGUUACGUCGAGCUGGUACCGAAAGCGAAGUUCCACAACAUCGUGCGCAAGACGGUUGACUUUGGGGUGCAGUUGCGUCCAAAGAAGCUGCACCAGCAUCAACAAACCGACCCAACGUUUCCGACGAACGCCUGGUCGCAGUACCUAUACGAGAUAGGCAACAACCGGGAUGACGGCCGGGUGGAUCAAGCAUCGGGCACGACGAGGAAUGCCCGAGCGGAACCGGACCGAAGCGAUGUGCCAGGAACGGACGACCUCCGGAGCGGCACCGCCAGCGUGCACGUCGAGCAACUGUUCGAGACGCUCGAGUUCAGCCAGAUCGACAUGUACCGGAACGAUUACCCGGUCAUAGCCGGGCGCCGCAGGUCCAUCGCCAAGUACGAGGUGCCGCUGGUGGAGGAGGUGAUGUGUUUCAUGAGCCAGGCGACCACCGCCAACCGGCGCCGUGUCGUGUCGGCCACCGAGUGGCACCCGACCGUACCGGGAACGUUCGUGGCGGCCUACGUACAGCACCAAACGGCGAGCACGGUCGCGACGAAGAUGCCUCCCGCCGCCGCCGCCGCCGCCCAUUCGCAGGAUGACCACAGUACCCGGUUGGUGUUCGAGAAGUGUCUCGUGCUGGCGUGGAACUUCGAGGAGUCGCUCGUGCCGCGGCUGCGACUGGAGUCCCCGCGCGAGGUAACGGCGCUGUCCUUCUGCCCGUACAACGGGCGCGUGCUGGUGGGGGGCCUGUCAAACGGGCAGCUCAUUGUAUGGGAACUGACGGACGCCGAGCUGGAGCAUACCGGUCCGGCUGUCGGCUCCCGAAGUGUGCCGCCCCGAAUGGGUCAGCAGCAACCAACGCACCACCACCACCCCCACCAUCACCACCAUCACCAUCACCAGGCGAGCAUCGGGUCACAUUCGUACCGGAACGAAAUCAAAACGAUUCUCGCCAACGCACCACCGACAGCACCGCCACCACCGAGCAGUCGAGCUAGGGUCGGGCCGGCGGCGGGCAACGCCGGAGCACCACCGCCGCAACCGUGGCACGUGCAACCGGUGGCCCUUAGCACGCUGGAGCGUUCGGCGCGUCGACCGAUCACCGUGAUCCGGUGGCUCCCGCCGGGCUACCGGUGCGCCAGCACGGGUCAGGUGCGCCCGAACGGGCCGGACGAGAAGCCGGGCCGCUUUCUGCUGACCGCGGCCCUGGACGGAACGGUGUGCUUCUGGAACCUGGACGAGAUGGCCCCCGCACCCGGGGUCGCAGCGCAUGGAGCCGUCGCGCUUAACCCGCUGUUCCGGGUACGGUGCGAGCAGCCGAUAGUAGAGCUCGCGUUCAACGACAGCCGGACUCCUACGCCGGGUGGCGAUGCUGCUGCUGCUGCUGCUGCUGAAGAGCAGGGAGCACCGGGUACGACCGACUGCCGAAUGUCCUUCAUAGCGGGCACCGCGCUCGGUGGCCUUCUUUGGGGCCGGUGGGACGGCUACGAGUACGACCAGGGCACGGCGGUGAACGAGGAACCGUUGCGCGGGCGGGAACCGUUUCCGCCCGUCCACGAUGGGCCGGUGGUGGCGAUCGCGCGCAAUCCGUUCAUCGCGAGCGUCCUGCUGACGGCCGGUGGCACCGUGCUGGCGCUCUGGUCGACUUGCCACCGCCAGUCACCGAUCUUCUGUCGGCGGAAGCAAAGUUCCGUGACGGCUUGCGCCUGGAGCCUGGACCGCCCGUCCGUGUUCUUCGUCGGGCUGGCCAGCGGUGACCUGGAGAUCUGGGAUCUGCAAAUUCGUAUCUCGUCGGCGUGCGUGAACCUCACGGUGGGUGCGAACGUGCUUUCGAUCAUCACGCAGCACCCUCACGGAAGUGGCACAUCGCAGCGCCAUCUGGCGGUGGCGGACGGCAACUGCAUCAUCCGGCUGCUGAGCCUGCCGACCGUGUUCGCGGAACAGCGGCCGGCCGAGCGGCGCCGCUUCCGGCAGCUAAUCCGCACGGAGCUGACGCGCAAGCACGAGCAAGCGGCCUGGGUCCAGCGGUACUACGAGCAGAACCGGGCCCAGAUCGAGACGAAGCUGCGGGCGGAACGGGAGGCCCGCGAGCUGGCCGAACGGAUGGAGGUGGAACAGCAGGAGCACAACGACUUCCUGCGCCGCCAGGCCAUCGAGGAGGUGAUGAAGAAGGCGGUCCGGGACGCGGCGAAACGGAUCGACCUGAGCCGCCGGUUGGAGGGUUUGUGGCGGUCCCGCUACUACCUCGCCCUCAUCCGCACGGUGAUGGCCCGGCGCCACCUCAGCCCGACGGCGCUCGCCAAUCAAAUGGCACCGGAGCGCGAACGGCGCCUUUACGACCAGCACAAGCGGGCCGCCAUCGACGAGAGCUUGGCGGCGGCCGCCGCCAGCUACCGGCGGGUGGAAACGGCCCUCCAGGGUGGAUCAUUCCGUGGCGGCCAAGAAGCUGGGGGCGGCGAUGACGGGGCCGGGGCCGGCGAUACGAUGGCGGACCGGUUUCGAGAGGAGCUGGUGGACUAUCGGCGGGUUAGUGGCGAAGCGAAGGAGGUGCUGGGCAACUUCCAGUUGCCGCUCGAGCUGCACUGCUUCGCGAACAUCGUGUCGAAGGGCCGGGCCCGCCACGAGCUGGUGCUUACGGAGAUGCGCGACAACCGGGAGCAUCUGCAGGCGUUCCUCCAGAAGCGCGCCCAGCGCCGUCAGGACCUGCCCUACGGAGCAUCGGCCAAAGGCGCCGACACCGUCGCCGCAGCCAACGUGGCGGCUGUCAAUCUGCAACGGGCUCGGUCCGUCACGUUCAUAGACGAUGUGCCACUGACUACGACACCCGACAAAGAACCGACCAACGAUGCCUGA